CUUUCACUUUCGACUCGAACUGGCUUGUCCGUCUCUUUUCUCUUGGUCCUCAACUGCAAUCUCACUGCUUUCAUUCCGGAAAAAAUCAACAGUCUACAGUGAGAAGACCCAAAAGUAAGUGUACAAUUAGUAGACAAGUACCGUAGUCUAGCGAUGGCCAUUUAUAAUCGAACUAAACGGUUCUGUACAGAAUUCAGGUUUGCCGCUAUAAUUAUAUCACAAACGGAAGACUGGGGGGAGGGGUGUUUAGCUAGUUAUGAUGAAUUACGCCUGACAUUUUAGCCAAUCAGAAACAGAGAGAAAUACUCUGAAUGAAUAAUAAAAGAGGGUGGGAGUCGGAAAUGCAGCUGGGGUUUGAGAGACGGGAAGUUUGGACUCUCCUCUACCAGAGGCUUUUGCCUCCAACCUUCCUCCCUCCCCCGUAUUCAAGCCACAAGCUGCAUGAUGUCAGCUUUAAAUUAGUUUUUGCAACCUAAAAACUCUUUGAGCUGGCUCAGCCACAAAGAGAAAAACCCAACACAAUGCAGUGCAAAAUUCAUAACCCGGCCGCUAUUACCGAUACAAUAUCUUGGACAGAAGAGACUGGAAAUUUAAGGAUAGGAAAAUAGCACAUUUUGGCUUUUGCGCAGCUUCAUCCUCGACUUUUUUGGGGGGUGUGGGGGGGAGGCGGUUGGCUUGCUGUCCCAUUUUAUUCUGUCCAAGAUUGUAGUCAAGAUUACUGUGAGAGGAAAAGUUUGUACCUGUAAAUGAGCAUACUUUGACUUUAGACUCUACUGGCGUGUGUUCAUCUUGAACACUUAACUCAUUAAUCACGAUCACCUUUGCGUGGGCGGUGAGGGGAAAAGUAUGUUAAUAGGGGUCAAUGCGCAUAUUUGACGAAAACUAAUAACAUGCUAAAAUAAACACAAACGCCACAACACGGUGAAGUACCGUGGAUUGCUUUCACUUUCGACUCGAACUGGCGUGUCCGUCUCUUUUCUCUUGGCCCUCAACUGAAAUCUCACUGAUUUCAUUCGGGAAAAAAUCAACAGUGUACAGCAGUGAGAAGACCCAAAAGUAAGUGUACAGUUAGUAGACAAGUACCGUAGUCUAGCGACGGCCAUUCAGAAUCGAACGAAACGGUUCUGUGCUGUAUUGUUUGCUAUACAGUGAAACCUGUAUUAAGCGGACACCGUAUUAAGAGGACACCCUCUAUUAAGCGGACAGUAGCCGAAGUCCCCAAAUCUAUUUCCCUUAUUUACUUUAAAUGAAACCUUUAUUAAGCUGACACCUCUAUUAAGCGGACGCGGACACCUAAAAAGUACCUGAAAUGGACAUUUCUAUUGCUGCCAACCUGUAUUAAACGGACACUUCUAAUUUAAUUCCACCACCCAACAUGCCAGACACCAGAAAUGCUAAAGAUUGGCUAGAAUUGUCAUCCACCAAUUUUUUCGAUUUUUACAUUAAAAAACGCGACUUGACGAACUUAUUUGAUUAGUUUCCCAGGACAGUAUUGUUUUCUAUUUCGUUUUGUUUGUAUCGAGCUUUUUUCACUCAUCUGAUGUCUUCAAAUUUGAGUUGCAAUAUAUGUUUAAGGUACUAUGAUCAAUUGGUCUACUUUGAUGAUAAAGAAAUUCAUGCAAACGUAUAUCGUCAUAGUCUCUGGAAGUAUUCUAAACGUUUCCACUGUUCAUUUGAAUGGCAUUUGACACCUCAUAUGUCGUUAUCUAUUGAAACCUGUAUUAGGCGGACACCCUGUAUUUAAGCGGACACUACAGCUUUCCCCGAGGGUGUCCGCUUAAUACAGGUUUCACCGUAAUUGUAUCACAAACGAAAGACCGGGGGAGGGGCGUUUACGUGUGCUUUCACAGUUUGCGCACUCUGAUUUUAAGCCCUGACCCAGAACUCUCAACACCUACAGAAUCACGCCAUACCACAUGUCCUCUGGGGGGAAAGAGUCCAAGUGUCAAGUUGACGUCUCGCAGAGAAAAUAAAGAAUUGGCCAAAACCAACCUCAAAAACAUGGACAGAACCAUGCAAGAAUUACAGCAUAUCGAAUCUAUAAAAUAUUUACGGGCCAAAAAAGUACAAACAUUAAUCACAAAGGACUGCAAAGGACCGCAAACGAAUAUGCCGAAGAACGUAGGAUCUAUAAAGACCUGAUCAGCAAAAAUAAUAAUGUAGACAUAUUAAAUUCUGCAAGCAGAAUACUGCAAUGCUGAUCGUACUACGUGAAAAUUAACUCUUCAAGACAUCAACACGACACCGAAAGAACUCAAAACAGAGCGGGAUUGUAGCCAUAGACAGCUGUCUCGUGGAUAUUUUUCAUCAGAGCAUUCUCUGGUUGUUGCGCCAUACUGACGAGCCCCAAAAAGGGCCAAACAGCUGUCUAUGGCUACAAUCCCGCUCUGUUUUGAGUUCUUUCGGUGUUGUGUUGAUGUCUUGCAGAUUUAAUUUUCACGUAGUACGAUCAGCAUUGCAGUAUUCUGCAAUCAAUCACGAUGACCUGUCCGUGGGCGGUGAGGGGAAAAGUAUGUUAAUAGGGGUCAAUGCGCAUAUUUGACGAAAAAUAAUAACAUGCGAAAAUAAACACAGACGUCACAGCACGGUGAAGUACCGUGGAUUGCUUUCACUUUCGACUCGAACUGGCGUGUUCGUCUCUUUUCUCUUGGCCCUCAACUGAAAUCUCACUGAUUUCAUUCCGGAAAAAUCGACAGUGUACAGCAGUGAGAAGACCCAAAAGUAAGUGUACAGUUAAUAGACAAGUACCGUAGUCUAGCGACGGCCAUUCAGAAUCGAACUAAACUGUUCUGUUCUGUAUUGUUUGCUAUAAUUGUAUCACAAACGGAAGACCGAGAGAGGGGUGUUUUCGUGUGCUUUCGCAGUUAGGUGUCUGAACCGUCUCCGGCUAAACCGAAUGGCCACAAACAUUCUAUUAUAAUGGGAGCAAGGGUGGCGCAGUGGUGAGAGCACUCGCCUCCCACCAAUGUGGCCCGGGUUCAAAUCCCGGCGUCUACACCAUAUGUGGGUUGAGUUUGUUGUUGGUUCUCUCCUUUGCUCCGAGAGGUUUUUCUCUUGGUACUCCGGUUUUCCCCUCUCCUCAAAAACCAGCAUUUCCAAAUUCCAAUUCGACCAGGAAUCAGGUAGAUGAAGAACCACUAUGUGGAUGUACUUCCUGCAAAUCGUUAUUUAUUUAUUUAUUUAUUUAUGUUAAUGAAGGAAUAAUAUAUUGUUCUGCCCCUUGUGUUUGGGAGGCAAUGAUGUUUAAAAUACAGUGAGACGUUUUUAAAAAAUGCAUUAGGCUAAAAAUUUGAAGCUGAUGCUAUGACCAUGAUGAAUGUACUGCGGAUAUUUUUUUUGGUGGGGGGAAGGGAAACAAAGGAAUACGGUAAGCGAUAUGUCUACGUCAGUUUCGCGGAAAGCAAUCAAAACAAGCACAUGACCCCAACACUAUAUGAUUCCACACGUUUCGACACGUUCCCGCUACUUUUCGACCAGUGACGCUAAAAACAAUAAAAGAAAUUUAAAGUUUUCCCUGCACCAAGAUUCAAUCAGAUCACAAUGCAUCUCAAAUCGUUUUUUUCUCUAUUCCUGCUAAUAAAUUUACUACACCAGCGCCUGAUGUUUAUAUUAAUCCGGAUUGUGCUCAAUGAAUAACCCCUGGAAUUUUUUUUGCAGAUAGUUUCCUAGCAAGUUGAUAUUAAUUUUCUUGUAAAAACAUCUUUUUGCCAUUCCCCUAUAUUCCAUAUACUUUUUUAACAAGACAUUGAUAUGCAGGGUUAGAUAGACUGUUCACAGUCUCCUAUUUUUUCGUGAGAUCGUUUAGAUAUACCGCGUCUUACCGUCACGGCUAUCUACCGAGGGGGCGGGCGUCGGGGAUUAUAGCUUCCUCCCAAGCCGUCCCCCCCCCCCCCAAGUAGUUGACACUCAUGCAAGAUGGCAGCCCGUAACGCAAAGCGCUCGAUCUCGACGAUCUUACGGGAAAAUAGAGGACUGUGAACAGUCUAAGGGUUAGACGAAGGCGAAAGGCGGCGCGUCACACAUUCCGCACCCGGGGAAGGGGGGAAACUUCCUUAUUUGGCCUAUACGGGUAUGUGCCGCUGAAAAGGGUCUGGUUUCCAAGAAGGGUCUCAAUGGAUUAACCGAUAGGCGUAAAACGGCCAAAAAUUUAGUCGAUAGCCGUAAAAAUUGAAAAAUUUUAACUGUUAGCCGUAAAUAGGGUAAAAAAGAGUUAACCGUAAAAGAAAUUGUUCCCUAGAUUUGUUAUUUUUAAGGAAGGUGAUAAAAUUCACUUAUGGUUGCGUCUUUUUAUUCCCCGGCUACUUUUACUCCGUACGCACGUUAGGCCAAGCUCCUUUUAGGUGUUGACCUAGACCUAGGCUCCAUUUCCGCCGCUCACUCGAAGAACCAAGUUUUUUCCAUAGGGAAAAUCUGGCUUCUUGCUGAGGAUUAAUAUUUGUGAUUUUAAGGAGGUCGUGCCCUCGAAAUACUAGUGACACAGAUGUCACUGUUUGUAAAACACGUUGCUGAUAAACAACAAUUCCCUGUUUUUCUCUGACGCUACGGUAGACAUUGCCAUGCCUAGUGCCUGUACGGCGUCUUCCCACGCAAGCUCGGUCAAGGCAUUUCGGUGGCAUACCUGAGGAAAAAGAAAAAAGAGAAACAGUGAGAAACUCGGACCACGUGACCCGGAAUGCAUUAGCCGUGCGGAAUAAUGAGGCCUACGGACAAGUCACGGCAGACAGUCGUUCUGUACAGUCCUUCUGUAUCAUUAAAAACACUGGACACGGAAAUUUUGUUAUUGGCCGUUUUCACACUAGAGCUAGAAAAUGGAUCAUCCGUCAGACACUAGCCUCGUCCCCUCCCCCACAGACACCCCUUUUCCUUUUUUUUUUCUGAAGGGAGGGGGCGGCUGUACACAGGCUAUCUAGAACGGAUCAUCCAUCUUCAAACUGUCCGUCAAAAUUGGCGGAUAAAGUCAGGCAGAUUGUUCAUUUAAAAUUAAAACAGUUCCAUUUUCAAAUUAAGACGUAUUACAUAUCUGGCGCGAAUUAUCAAACGGAUAACCCGUCUCACACGAAUGAUCUGUUUCUGGUGUGAAAAGGGCCAUUUCUGUUAUAAAUGAAUUCGCGCCCCGGCCUUGAGUUGAGCGUUCGCGUGUCUGCUUUUGCUUUUUCACAAAGAUUAUUUUAAUAUUGACUGUUGACAUUUCUAUGCGUAAAAUAAUAUUAGAAGUAAAAUACUGUAUGAAGCAUGAUCUAUUAAACGUUAACAUUUUUCAAAAGAAUAGCUUAUUUCAUCCCGAGAUGAUCCUAAGACCUUUAUUUUGCUUUAAAGUUAGAACAAAUAAAGGUUUAUUAAUAUUUAACUCCUUGAAACAAAAGGAAUUAAUUUUUAACGUUUUGUUAACAGUAACUGAAAAAAUUAACCGAUAGCCGUAAAAGAGCCGAAAUUUUAGCCGAUAACCGUAAAAGCCACCACCCCAUUGAGACCCUCUUUCAAGGUCUUGAGUAUUAGACUAUUAAGCCUUCUUAAGAGGGUGUCCUUUUUUAAACUGGAAGCUUUUUAAAGAGUGUGAAGGCUUGCGAUAAGCGGCCUAAAUUUGCAAAACCAAUAUUUUUUUCCUAAAUAUCUAUUUCCACGAUUUAAGUGUGAAAAAUUACUUGCUUCGGUAAGUAAAAAAAAAAAAUUAUUUCAGGGUCAGAAACUCAUGUCUCCUGGAGUCUUAAACAGGGUAGUGAAAUGAGCAUUUCUGGAGAACAGGAUCAGGGUUUGAAGGCCUCAGCGGUAAACAAGACAAAAUAGACAAUAUUUAUUUGGAUCUUAUACCUCCUGGUACAUCGACCGUUUCAAAUAAUUUACAAUUACAAUCUCCUCUGUUAUUACAUAAUUGAAGACAGCAAGUUCACCUUCCCUCUACCCAAACUUCUCUUGAGUGCCCCCACCCCCCGGAUUCCACACUUCAGCACUUGAAUUGACAGUAGUCAACAAGAAGUGUAAAUACGCAAUGCAUAUCAUAAAAUGUUUUCUUCUUAAACUUGCAGAUCCGACAAUGAAACCCAGAAUCUACCCAUUGUAAAGGUUUUGAGGAAAAUACUGUGCUUGUUGUCACCCUCUAAAUUCUUCUGGGUCAAAGCGAAAGGUGUCAUUGUUUCCUGAGACACGUUAGGGGAGAAAGGGAGAAAGUCUGUUUGAAGAAGUCCGUAAAAGAAUAUUUAACUCAGUGCUUCAAAUUAAAUCAGCUCAGCUCCUAAACCAUGUUCAAGCUUGUAUUUUGUAUUUAUUUUGCCACACAGAAAAAUUGCAUGAUUAGAAUUACAAAAAAGAUAGAAAAAUGUAGAAAGUAAAGGAAACUAUAAAGCUGAUAAUGUUAACUAGGCCCCCUCAAUUACAAUUUUUCAAAGAUGAACUAAAAAUUACGGCGACAGAUACACUUAUGUUCAAAGGAAAUUAAAGUAACAAUAUAUUAAGAAAGUUUACAAAAGAUGAAUAUCAAACAGUUUUUUAACACCAAUUUCGGCAUAAUUUUAAUCAUGUUGUCCACUUCCUUCCACUUAAAAGAUUUUAAUCUUAUUCUCAAAAAGCCAAAACGGAGGCAAGUUUGAAAAUGAGGCAUUUUACGUCAGCUUUUUUCGCCUUUCACAUUCUGAGAAAAAAAUGUUUCCUCGUUAGCGUAGAUUAAAAAGUCUAUCAAAAUACCCAACCAAGGAAGACAAGCCAUGCUUAGUAAAUGAGGAUUUACAACUUAUUGACAUCGAUCGAGUUAACGACAAUUUAGAACAACGGAAGUUAUUUCGUUUAAAUCAUAUUAAGAGAUCCUGUAUUUUUUUCCUACAACGUUCAUCAAGUUGUUUCUUAAUUUAUUUUUUCCAAAGGUUCCAGGUCUCACCAGUGCGUCAAGCAUUGCGUCAAACAUGGCCCUUUCAAAAGAAUACACCAAAGAACAGCUGAACUACUUCAGAAUUUGCUAUGUAACCACUGAUAUAAUAGCCGAAGGCCUCCGAGAACUUUUUAAACGUGAAUGGGACAAUAAAUACAAAUCAACGCCAUUGGGAGAAUGGAAAGAUGUGCCCCAGAAUGGAACAGACUUUUACAACGGCGAGUCUCUAAGAAAUCAAAGAAGAAAUGCUCGUCUUUUGGCCACCAUGAUAAAUGGAAACAGAGCGGGAUGGGAUUGCACAAUGCUGUUUUACGCCAUCCUUUACUCUGAUUGUGUCGGGCCCUACCUAGCAUCAACUGUCAGAAAGAAUGUGGAUGAUCUUAGAAAUUUUAGAAACGAGGAAUUUGCCCACAUACCACAGGGAAGUCUCCCUGAGAUGGAUUUUCAGAAUGCCAUUGGCAAAGUUCAUGUUGCCUUUCACGCGCUUGGUCUCUCUACUGUAAAAAUCGAUGACAUAAAAAAUCAGAAAACUUUCCCAACCGACGAAUUACAUAAAAUUCUGAAAGAAGUUGACGAUGUUAAACAAGAACUUCAAGAAAAGGAGAACCAGCGCCAGGUUCUUGAAGAUCAGCUUCAGAAAGAAGCGCCGUCAUUCUGUAUUCUCCCUCCUAAACCUACACACGAAAUUGAAAGCCGUGAAAGGGAAGUAGGACAAAUAGCCCAUCAGCUAAGGGAACUAAAGAAGGCCAACGAGAACAAGUUGAGUUAUCUGUACAUCUCAGGGAAUCCAGGAAGUGGCAAAUCACAACUAGCUGGCCUCGUUGCUAAAAAAAGUCUUUGAUGAAGUAAAAGAAAUACCAGGCACUUCGUCCUUUGUGAUGACCCUAAACGCUGCCAGUCAAGAUUCACUUUUGGAGUCAUAUGCUAAUUUUGCUCGUCAGUUAAGGUGCCCAGACUUUUCAGUGAUGCAAACCUUGAGCUCUAAAGAUUGGAACAUUGAGG